CAGUUUCAGAUGCAUUGAAAGAACAGCUGGCCAUAAAGAAGAGGAGAAGAAGUUUCAGAUGCAUCGUUUGUAAUUUGUGUUGGAAUCAAUUUUAAAAAUUAAUCUUUUUGAGAGAAGCCAGUUUAAGCAUGAGUGCGAAAAACUCAGCGCUAGCAUCUUUAACUGCUACCUAUACAGACUCUGAAAAUGAGGACGAUAAUAAAUCGGAAGAAGGCUCAGUACAAUCGGAUGGAGAGAGUACUUCCUCACAGGCUAGGAUUCGUUCACGACAGCCAACGCCAUUGAACGAGCAAUCCGAGAGUUCUGCUGCGUCACCCGUAAAUCCGGUUCUAAAUAUAGCAAAGUCCUCACCAUCGCCUGUUCCACCGAUAGCUGCGGCCGGCAAUUCAUCUGAAUCCACCGGAUCUCGUAAAAAAGCCCUCCGGUUGGUUAGCUACUUCGAUGAUACCAUUGUAUCGGAUGAAGAAAAUGUAUCUCCCCAUCGCGAACAAGAGCAAAUGGAUAUGUCAGACGAUGAAAUACCAAAACCAGAAACAACAUCCCCAAAAAAAAUUGAUCGAGCCAAGCUGUACGGAUUUAGUUUACCCCCAGAACCUAAAGGUAAAUGCUCACUAGAAUUGCAAGACAAGAUUUCGACUUUGUACGAAAAGAUGCGGAAUUCAAACAUGGAUACCAAUAGGAUUAUCCAGGAGCGAAAGGAAUUUCGCAACCCCAGUAUCUACGAGAAACUUAUCCAAUUCUGCGACAUUAAUGAAAUGGGCACAAACUAUCCGCCGGAAAUAUUCGACCCUUUCCAGUGGGGUAAAGAAUCAUACUACGAAGAGUUGGCCAAGGCUCAGAAGGUAGAGAUGGAGAAGAUUGAAAAGGCCCGCAAGGAAAGCAAAACGGAAAUUCAAGUCGGGGUGAAAAAGGUUGACCCGACUGAUGAAUCCAAAAAGCGCAAAUCCAAAUGGGAUCAACCGGGUGUUCUGGGAGCAGCACCAGGAGCAGUUGGCUCAGCGGCAGUGCUGAAGCCAGCCGGAAUGGUAACGCAACCUCUAACCACUACAGCGACCGGAACGAAGGGAACCGUGAUAUCGGCAUUCGGUUCGCUACCCAAAAAACCUAAAGUUUAAAACCGGAUGUUCAAUAAAAAUUGUUUAUACCUAA